UGUGAGCGUUAAUGUGCCAGCGUAUGGAGCGGCCGCUCGCAGCCAACGACAUCUGAGUCUCAGAAGAAAUUUCCAAGAUCAUUUCAGGAUUUUUGUUUUUCCAGUUUGGGAGCAAAACCUCCAGGGGAAGUAAGCAGUUUUAAGCUGUCAUGGCUCCCAGUUUGCGUCAGGCCUACCGAAGAAGAUGGUGGAUGGCGGUCACGUCCAUCGUAGAGAACCUCUUCUUCUCUGCCGUCCUGCUGGGUUGGGCCUCGCUCCUCAUCAUGCUGAAGGACGAGGGCUUCUAUUCGCACCUCUGCGUAGAAAAUGAAACUUUUGCCACUAACAGGAGUUUGGUGGAGGGCGGCAGAUGGCCCAGCUGUGUGGAGCAGGAGGAGAUGCUGAAUCUCGGCUUCACCAUCGGCUCGUUCUUCCUGAGCGCCGCCACGCUGCCUCUGGGAAUCCUGAUGGAUAAAUUCGGACCCCGACCGAUCAGACUCAUCGGCAGUUCCUGUUUCGCAGCGUCUUGUGCAAUGAUGGCUGCCGCUGCGUAUGACCCUGAAGCACUGUCUGUCCUCAUUUUCUUCGCUGUUUCCUUCAACGGUUUUGGAGGAAUCUGCUUGACCUUCACAUCACUCACACUGCCUAACAUGUUUGGAAACGUACGUUCGACCAUCCUUUCCCUGAUGAUUGGCUCCUACGCUUCUUCAGCAGUCACCUUCCUGGGAAUCAAGUUGAUUUAUGACCUUGGUGUAUCGUUCCGGCUCAUCAUGUGGGUGUGGACGGGUUUGGCCUGCAUGGUCAUCCUCAACUGCUUCCUGAAUUGGCCGGGUGAAUCCUUCCCAGCUCCAGAAGACACCAGAUACACUAAAACGAUGAGAAUUAAUGGGGUUGUGACAGAGGACAGGAUGACCGGGGACAGGUACAUCACCAAUGUGAUGAUCAUGGAGGACACAGUGAGUCCCAAACCACAAGAAUCUGAAAAGAGACACUCCGAAAGCGCCUCUAAUGCUGCAGUUCCAAUCUGUCAGUCCGUGUGCUCUCCCAUCUUCCUGUGGAGCGUCCUGGUCAUGGCAAUCACUCAGCUCAGGCUGAUCUUCUUCAUGGGAGCCAUGAAUAAGAUGAUCGAGUUCCUGGUCACUCAUGGCGACCCCAACCCCGGGUUGGAGCUACGGAAGGAGGUGGAGGACCAAGUGUCUUUCUACUCGUCCAUCUUUGGUACGAUGCAGCUUCUGUGUCUGGUGACGUGUCCUAUGAUCGGCUACAUCAUGGACUGGAGGAUGAAGGAGUGUGAAGAGGAACAUGUAAACAUAUCAACAAGCAAAAGCAACUCAUCGCCCCCAAAGAGAGACAGAAAGAUCCAGAAACUGAGCAAUGCCAUCAGAGCCUUCAUUUUCACCAACUUCCUACUGGUCAUGUUUGGAGUUAUUUCCUUGAUUGACAACUUGCCCAUACAGGUGUUGUCCUUUGCUCUUCACACCGUUGUUAGGGGAUUUAUCCACUCCUGCUGUGGAGGCCUCUAUGCAGCAGUGUAUCCAGCAAACCACUUUGGGACUCUAACGGGUUUCCAGUCAACAAUCAGUGCAGCGUUCGCCUUGCUCCAGCAGCCGCUCUUCAUACUGAUGGUGGGGUACCUCGGCGGAAACCCUUACUGGAUCAACAUUGGCCUUCUCAUCUUCUCCCUGGUCGGCUUCCUGUUACCAUGUUAUCUCUUCUAUCACCGGAGAGGCCUAAUCAGAGAGAAGGCGCAGCUAGAUGUGAUCGCUGCCCGCCAGUCUGAGAAGGAGAACAAAGAUCUUAUCCAGUCAGACUGUGAAGACGAGGGGUCUUCAAAAAAUAGAAACAUACCCAAUGGGCAUACUGGUUAACUGGUUAUAAUGACAUGGUCACUUAUUGUCAGCAAUGCUAUUAUUUUGACUAUGACUUAUGUGUUUCUGAGAAAAAAAACCCAUUAGUCCUAAAGAUAAAUGCCCAACAAACUAAGAAAAACCGAGAUUCCAGCUCAAAAAUUCGCUCUUCAUUAGGGCUGGGUGAUAUGGCUGAAAAUAAAAACACGCUAUAAUCGUUUCAUAUCAGUCUAAAUCAAUAAUUAUUGCUUAGUUUUUUGUUUUAAAUAUCUGAAAUACUACCAAACCAGUGAUGUGACCUUGUUUUAUUCACAGUUUCCAUCCACGCCGAACCUUUAAACUGCUGCUGGGCAUGUUACUCAACAGGUUGUUGCUAGGUAACUGCAAGUUACCCAGCAUACUGUUGCUAGGUAACCAUAGGGUGAGUGAGUUAGUUGAUUCCACUAACUUUGCUUAGCUAGCAGUGAGAGGUUGAGCAGCCAAAGCCUUUCCUCUGCCUACAUCUCCCAGAAUGCCGUGCGGUUCUGGACCAGAGUUCCACAAAUAUUUUAUUAAACAAUUUAUCACUGAUUUAUUGCCUCUUAAUAGAACUACAAUAAUUCUGAAAGCUAAAAUUGUUUGCAUUUUAAUUCACGUCAAAACUAGGGAGAUAAAUUGAUUUUAUCGAUUAAUCAAAUUUUCUGGUUUUGGAGAAUUAAUUUUUGGACAAUUUGGAUUUUUCUUUUUCAUCAACGCAUUCAUAAACCAGAGGGAUGUUAGCUGUCACCAAGAAUCACCUUGUAUUUUUUCUUCAUUACAAAUUUGGAGAAAAAAAAAAGCUGAGGGACCAUUAUGGCAGAACUACAUCCUUUUCUGUCAUUGUUUUCUUUUGUUGUUGUUGUUGUUGAUCGCAUCCAUUGUUGUCACUAAUUAUGUUAUAUUUAAAACUAGGCUUUCUAGUAUUUUGUGUGUAAAGUAGUACCGCUGUGUAUUUUGUAUUAUUGAAAUGUAUAAAUAUUGAUGUGCAAAUGCUCCAACAUCACUGACUGGGACAAUUUAAAAAAAAAGAUUAUCCCAGGACUACAAGAAAAUUAAAAGUCAUCACAAACAAUUUACUCAAGAUAAUAAAGCAUUUAUUACACUGAA